AAAAAAACUACCACCGUUUGAUAAAGUAGGGUAGGCUACGCGUUUUUCUCUUUUUGUGCAGUGUAACUUUAGAUGGCUAGCGUGUCCAGAAAUUAAAAUCGGCAAGAUUUCUGUCGAAAGCAUAUUUUUAAACAAUCAAAUAUCUUAACAGCAUAAACCAUAUCAAUGCCACAUUUCCUCCUGGAACACAGAAACGUAUAAGUAACGUUAGUUAAAUGUCAUAUGAGCUGCGGCGGCUCGCAGCUCUCUGGCUCCGCUGUGAAUGAGCGAGGAACUAAGGAACUGCUCAUGUGAGGAACAAACGGAGCGAGCGCCCAUCUCUCGCGAGGAACGACGCCGUUAUCGGAAUCUCUACAAACAACACGAGAAUUCAUCAUUCACACGCUGUGAACAAUGUCUGAACAAGAGUUGGAGGAAAUUGUGCAAAUAACAGUGGAGGAUUUUAACCAGGAUGACCGGACAGACCUGCUGGACAAUCAUGAAGACGACGAAGAAAAGCCUCAGAAGAAAAAGAGGAAAUUAAGCACCAGCCAAGAGAAUAACAACAAUAACCAAGACAUAUCUCUUAUUAAGAACCUGUUGGACUCUUUCACUGCAUCAAUCAGCCAGCGACUGGAGGGAAUUGAAUCAAAGUUAUACUCUCUGGAUGCUACGUGCAAAGCCCUUGGACGCAAACUGGACAGCAUGGUGCCAUGUGCAAAGAGUCCUAUCCAGGUUCCUAUGGUGGCAGGGUCUCCGCAGGGGGCCACUCAAACUUGGAACAAAGUGAGAUGCGUUGUACCACAAACAAAUGUGAUAGUGAGCAGUGAACACCCAAAGGGCACUAUGCAAGAAGAAACACCUCUGGAGAAUCUGCUCAGCAACACGGUGGCCAGGAAGCGUCACAACACAAUCCUUGUAAAGGUCCCGGGGCCAGAUGAUAGUCAGGAAGAACAAGACAGCGGCUCAGAGGCCAGUGACACUGUUUCAAAUGGUGGCCAUUCCAGCAAUGCGCAAAAUGGCCAAAAUGUCACACUCAUCACGCUCAACUCAGAAGAUGAUUACCCAGUGGGCACCUGGUUGGGAGACGAGAACAACCCCGAGAUGCGAGUUCGUUGUCCGGUGUCUGCAGCUGAUAUGCUCCAUAUCACCACAAACUGUCGCACAGCGGAGAAAAUGGCGCUGACACUGUUGGACUACCUGUUCCACCGGGAAGUCCAGGCCAUGUCCAACCUGUCUGGCCAGGGCAAACACGGCAAGAAGCAGCUGGACCCGCUCAUGAUCUAUGGCAUUCGAUGCCAUUUGUUCCACAAAUUUGGCAUCACAGAAUCAGACUGGUACCGCAUCAAGCAGAGCAUCGACUCAAAGUGUCGCACCGCCUGGAGACGCAAGCAGCGCGGCCAGAGUCUUGCUGUCAAGAGCUUUUCCAAACGCACGCCUCGGAGUUCAGCCUCAGAGGGAGGCAUGGGAGACGAAACGGGACACAUUGAGGCUGCUACCCAGCAGACCUUGCACUACACACUGGCCAAUCAACAAGUCCAGUUCCACCGUAUCGGCGAGGAUGGACAAGUUCAAGUGAUCCCACAGGGUCAGCUGCACAUUGCCCAGGUGCCACAAGGAGAGGAAGUGCAGAUCACACAGGACAGUGAGGGAAAUCUUCAGAUCCACCAAGUACAUGUCGGUCAGGAUGGACAGGUAAGAAUAUGUUCAGAGUAAUCUAAAUCAUUUAAA